GCAGAAGGAGAAGAGGUGAUUUAGUUCUGGAGAAGCAGCGGAGGAGUCAAACAGAGCUUCAUCAGGAGCAGGUCUAAUGAGGAAGAGGAUGGAGGUUUUGUUCAAGAUGAAGACUGCUGGGGUGCUUUUGUUGACGCUGUGUCUUCAUCAGAUUUACUUUUCUUCCGCUCAGGAGUGUCCAUCCACCCACAACCUGGUGAACUCGCUGCGGCAGGUGGAGAAGAUGUUGGCGGUCCAUGAGGCGUCUUACCAGCAGGGCCUGCGCUCACUCAGGAAGAAGAUUAGCGCUCUGCACAACAGCACCAUGGCCAUCUUUAAGACCGGUGCAUCCUGCCCCAAACCAGAGCCCCCCACUCACGGCCGCAGACUGGGCCGGGUGUUUGGCAUCGGACACGAGGUCCACUUCCUGUGUAAGCCUAACUACGAGCUCAUUGGCCCACGGACCCGAGUCUGUCUGGAGUCUCUGAAGUGGAGCGGCCAGCAGCCAAUGUGCCGAC